AUGAAGGCCUUAGGCUGCUUUCUUUUCAUCUCCCUCCUACAAUUCUCUUCUUUUUCCUCUUUCUCUUCAGCUUUAACCGAUGCUGAGGCAUCUUAUAUUGCUCAUCGUCAGCUCUUAGCUCUUCCGGAGAAUGGUGAUCUUCCUGUUGACUUUGAAUUGGAGGUCAAUGUUAGUGUGACGUUUGCAAAUCCGAGGAUCAAGAGAGCUUACAUUGGCCUCCAGGCAUGGAAAAAAGCAAUGUACUCUGACCCUCUUAAUAUGACUGGCAAUUGGGUUGGAGCCAAUGUGUGUGCUUACCUGGGUGUCUUUUGUGCUCGGGCACUUGAUGACCCUAAAGUGAGUGUUGUUGCAGGCGUCGAUCUUAACCAUGGUGACAUUUCUGGCUACCUUCCUGUUGAGUUGGGGCUCUUGACUGACAUAAGUCUUUUCCACAUUAACUCUAACAGGUUUUGUGGGAUCAUCCCAAAGAGCUUCUCUAGGCUAAAACUUUUGCACGAGUUUGAUGUUAGCAACAAUCGAUUUGUUGGUUCAUUCCCAGAGGUUGUUAUAGGAUUACCAGUCCUCAAGUACCUUGACUUGAGGUUUAAUGAUUUCGAAGGGCCAUUGCCACCACAACUUUUCGACAAGGAGCUUGAUGCUUUGUUCUUGAAUGACAAUCGAUUUCAUUCCAACAUCCCUGAAAACCUUGGCAAUUCGCCAGUUUCAGUUGUGGUGGUGGCCAAUAACAAGUUGACUGGUUGCAUUCCAAAGAGCAUUGGCAGGAUGACAAACACAUUGGAGGAAUCAAUUUUCUCGAACAAUGAAUUCUCCGGUUGCUUGCCUGAAGAGAUUGGAUUGCUAUCAAGAACAACAGUGGUUGACAUGAGCAGCAACAAGUUCAUCGGGUCUUUGCCAAUAGAGCAUUUGUAG